CUCAACUGGGUUAAGCAAUGAUGGGCUCCUUCAUUUUCUUCAUCUUAAUCUUGUUCACAGGAAAGUCUGCACAUUCCUGUCAAAUUAAGUUCAAUCCUCCAAAGGUUUUUGUUGAAUAUGGAGGUUCUGCUUUAGCCAGCUGCCACGUGUCGCAGUGCAACCAUGUGGCCGGGAUGGGAUGGGAGUCUACAUUUGGAGGAACAGGACUUAAAGAGGGUAUAUCUACUUUGAAUACUACCUUUGACAAAGUUAACGACUGGAAUGUAGAACCCAGGUGUUUUGUUUCGUUUCUGAAUGAUGAACAGAACAUUCAAAAGCUACCAUUCACCGUUUACAAAUUGCCAGACAAAGUAUCCAUGUCUAAGCCCAAAGACCCUAUGAGAGCCAAUUAUAGCUAUGAUCUACAGUGUGACGUUAAAGAUGUUGCACCAGCAAACAGCCUCAUCAUAAGCUGGUACAAAGGAAAUAAGAUGAUCCAUGAACAGAAAUCUACACGUCAAGAUCGUUCACCUGUAGAUGAAACCUUUACCACAACACUAAAGGUUGCUGUAGAGGAUAAUGGAGAAGAGGUCUGGUGUGAAGCCAGGCUAAAGUUUGUUCCAGAAGAGCAAAGUCCUCCACCGAAGCGAUCAGAGGCGCACGUAUUGACAGUUUUUUAUCCUCCAUGUUUCAUUAAGCCUCAAAGUGAGAUGCUGAGCAUUUGCACUAGUUCAAAAUCAUCAUUAAACUGCACAGCUAUAGGAAACCCUACCCCAGUUUACAGCUGGACGUUUACAGGCACAACUCAGGAGGGAAUCCAGGAGAAAAAUGAGACAGGCCCAGUUUUAACUCUGGAAUCUCAACUCCCAGGAGUCUACAGCUGCACAGCCACGAACGCUGUGGGCAAAACAACCAAAUAUUUCCACCUCAUUACUGUUCAAGGUAAUAAUAUAUCCUAACAGAAACUAUUGUUAUAUUUUGAAGUGUCUGGUUUAUGAAAUACAGAUAAACUCAUGUGAUGUGAUGAGCUGAAAGGCGAAAAUAAAAUCUUUUAUCUUCAGCAGGAAAUUGGAGCUACUUCCCAAAAUUAAGGAUAACACUGGUGUGCCUGUUUACCCUGAUCUUUGUAGGUAUUCUU